UUUCAUGAAGCUCUCAAUGAACAGUUCUUGUGCUGACAUUGCUUCCAGAGGACAGAUGAUUUUUACAUGCUUCAGCACUCGGCGGUUCCGUUCUGUGAGCUUGUGUGGCCUACAACUUUGUGUUGCUCCUAGUUGUUUCCACUUCACAAUAACAGCACUUACAGUUCACCGGGGCAGCUCUAUGAGGGCAGAAACUUUACAAACGGACUUGUUGGAAAGGUGGCAUCCUAUGACUGUGCCACUGAGCUCUUCAGUAAGGCCAUUCUACUGACAAUGUUUGUCAAGGGAGAUUGCAUAGCUGUGUGCUCGAUUUUUAUACACCAGUCAGCAACGGGUGUGGAUUAAAUAGCUGAAUCAACUCAUUUGAAGGGAUGUCCACAUACCUUUGUGUAUAUGGAUAUUUGUUUUUAUUUGUUUUUAAGGAUAUAUACAGAUGGUUCAAAGGAUUCAGUCAGUGGUAGGGUGGGGGCAGGGGUGUAUAUCCCAGAUUUAAAUGUUAGAGAAAUGUAAGCGGAUAACUAAUUUUGUCAAUGUAUGUGGCCGAGUUCAUGGCCACUCAAGAGUGGUGAUCUGCUCUGAUUAGGCUGCAGUGUCGAGUAGUGUAUAGACGAGCAGGUCGUUUAGGGGAGAAUUGUUUGUGGAGGUGGUGGUGCUGUUAAUGGGAUUGAAGAGGAUGGGAGUGGUGGUAAGCGUUUGCUGGGUUACCGCCUAUGUGGGUGUGGAGGGUAAUGAGAAGGCCAAUGCGGUGGCUAAGAGUGCUGUGAGGAGAGGGGUAGGUAUUUGGGUCCCGCUUGGUCGCAGGAAGUCAAGUCCUUGAUCCGGGGAAAAGGGCUCAAUCUUUGGCAAAGGGAGUGGGAUGCUAGUAUUAAGGGGAGGCAAUUGUAUUGCUUGCACUGGUCAGCAAAGGAAGAGGUGGUGUCUAGGGCUCUUUCACUUAGAGUAAGAGGAAUAAUGAAGAUCAUUUCAUGUAGGUUGGCCAUGACUGGGCUUACACUCCAGUACAGUAGGUGGCAGUGUUUGCACCUUAACGUUGGAUUCAAUCUGCCAACCCAAUCCCAAAGAAGAACUGCGUGGUCAGCUGACUAGCAGCGUCUUUGGCUGUCACAACACACCGUAUGCUGUGUUCAAAGUGCUGCUACAAAACACUUUUGCGGCUCGACUAGGGCGUUAUGUUACGGAUAGCCAAAACCAGCUAGGCCUACACCUCCGGAAUGGCGGCAGAAAUACAACCAAAACCGCAGACUCGGACUCCUGUUCUGCUCAACAAAAUCGAAGCUUCCCAAGAUGUUGUGAACACAGCGGUCAUAAUUCCAAAGGAGGACGGGGUGAUCAGCGUCUCAGAGGACAGGACGAUCCGGAUAUGGCUGAAGAGAGACAGUGGUCAGUACUGGCCCAGCAUUUACCACACAAUGCCAGAUUCUUGCUCCUGUAUGUCCUUUAACCCAGAGACCAGGAGGCUGUCUAUGGGGAUGGAGAAUGGAACCAUCUCUGAGUUCAUCCUGUCAGAAGACUACAACAAGAUGACCCCGGCACAGACCUAUCAGGCCCACCAGGGCAGAGUGACAGUGGUGCUGUUUGUUUUGGAGAUGGAGUGGGUCCUCAGUACAGGACAGGACAAGAACUUCACCUGGCACUGCUCUGAGAGUGGAACACAGCUGGGGUUAUACCGCACCACCGCCUGGGUCUCUGGACUGCAGUUCGACGUGGAGACUAGGCACGCCUUUGUGGGUGACUACUCUGGUCAGGUGACCAUCCUCAAGCUGGAGCUGGACAGCUGUAGUCUGGUCACCACCUUCAAAGGACACACCGGCAAUGUGACAGCUCUGUGUUGGGACCCGGUCCAGAGAGUGUUAUUCUCCGGCAGCGCCGAUCACUCCAUCAUCAUGUGGGACAUCGGGGGAGGCAAAGGCACCGCUAUUGAACUUCAGGGACACAAUGAGAAGGUCCAGGGCCUAUGCUACGCGCCACAUACACGUCAGCUGAUCUCCUGCAGCUCAGAUGGGGGCAUCGUCAUCUGGAACAUGGACGUGACCAGACAAGAGACCCCAGAGUGGCUGGACAGUGAUUCGUGUCAGAAGUGUGAGCAGCCAUUCUUCUGGAACUUCAAACAGAUGUGGGACAGUAAGAAAAUCGGCCUGCGACAGCACCACUGCAGGAAGUGUGGGCAGGCAGUGUGUGGGAAGUGCUCGGCCAAGCGCUCCACCAUCCCUCUCAUGGGCUUCGAGUUUGAGGUGCGGGUGUGUGACAGCUGCCACGAGUCCAUCACGGACGAGGACCGGGCGCCCACGGCGACAUUCCAUGACAGCAAACACAGCAUAGUUUACAUGCACUAUGAGCCUACCAUGGGCUGGCUACUGACCUCUGGGGCAGACAAGGUCGUCAAGCUCUGGGACAUGACUCCAGUGGUGUCCUGAAGGUCAUUGUUGAUGGAGCAUCAUGGAGCUCCAUCCACCUAUCAGGUGAGAGCUUACAUCAUGGUGGCCGUCAUCCUGAGAGGAGGUGGUACAAGAGGUGGUACAUGUCCACAAGAACAACCACCACAACAAUAGUAACAUCCACAGAACCUAGAAACACCAGGCCUUUCUUACCUGCCCUUGUCCCUCUUGGUGACUAAAUGUGCUGAGGAAGAGCUGUACUCUGGCUCCCGAUAUGGAUGGAAAGAUUUGGAAUAGAGACGCCUUGAAGAGGACGAAGGUGUGCGUGCUGUAUCAGGACUAUGAAAGAGCAUUUUUUUGUUCGUUUUAUGGAUCCCCCUUACCUACAGUAUGUCACUCUGGAACAACAUUUGGAACUUCAACUAAAAUGUUACUGUGCAUACAUAAUUCCCUAUAUUCUUUGGUUUAUUAUAUUUAAAACAAUGGGUCCAUAGUAAAAGAAACUCCGUGUAGGCUACCUGCUGAACAACACAUACAGCUAGUCGGGCAAAUAAAAAUAUUAUAUUUAAGUGCCUUCCUCAUAUCAUAUUGCAGCUCUCACUAUGGCAAACAGAGCAUGAAAAAAGUAGGUGAAACAAUUGUUAAAAUAAAAUUAUAAAAAAAUGUACUGGGGUUAUAUGAAUAUCAGUGAGAUAUGUAACCUGGAGUAUGUACAUUAGCAAGAUGGAAUACUCUAAUAUAAUCGCAACUCAAGAAGUUGACCUCUUAUAACUCAUCCUGUUUUGAUUGGCUCUUUGCUUGUUAGCUGCUGUACAUAGAAGCAGCAGGUGGAGGGUAGAAUAGCCCUGUUUCUGGGUGGACCCUGUUUCAGUUGAGGUGUCAGAAGUGUUCAUAGCCUACAGAUAACUGCCAAAAUAAAGGAACCACCAACAUUGUCUUAAUAGGGCAUUGGGUCAACAAGCUGCCAGAACAGCUUCAACGUGCCUUGGUGUAAAUUCUAAGUCUCUGGAACUCUCUCGGAGGGAUGUGUCACAAUUCUUCCACAGGACAUCUGUAAUUUGAUGUUUUGUUGAUGGUGGUUGAAAAGGCUGUCUCAGGCGCCGCGCCAUUGUUCAAUUGGGUUGAGAUGUGGUGACUGAGACACACAGUUUUAAACCCCCUAUGCUCAUUUGAGACCCACCUUUCAAAUUCACUAAUAUCUCUUCUAACCAUGCUAGCCAAAAUAAUUGGGCAACUGGGCGUUAAUUGCUUAAUUAUUUAUUUUAUUUUAAAUUCUUAUUUUCAAUGAUGGCUUAGGAACGGUGCCCCUGAACUGCCUGUUCAGGGGCAGAAUGACAGAUUUGUACCUUGUCAGCUGGGGGAUUUGAACUUGCAACCUUUUGGUUACUAGUCCAACGCUCUAACCACUAGGCUACCCUGCCACCCCAAAUUAACUCGGGAACCACAUCUGGGUGGAAGCACCUGCAUUCAAUAUACUUUGUAUCCCUCAUUUACUCAAUUGUUUCCAUUUACUUUGGCAGUUACCUAGCUUAUAGGCUCUCCUGUAGUCAUACAUACACACAAUUGGUGAACAAGUCUACAUGUGGUAUCUCACUGUCGGGUAACGGUUGACGACCACAGAUGUAGGAGACGUGGAGAAAGACAUUUCAUUCUUUAGUAUUUUUUUUUUCAAAUUAAUAUUGAUUUGCUAACUGAAGUUCUUGAUUAGGCUUGCCAAUUGAAAUGAUAAAUCAUAAAGAACAAGUUAAUUCCAAUCAUCUUUUUAUGAUUUAUUUUUACUCUAUUGUAGAGUUAUUGAAAUGUCACCUACGACUCUCUGGACUUUGGUGGUGGACCAAAACAUUAUUCACCACGUGUCAUCUGUAGUUUCUUUGCACUUCAGUUGUUACGGUUUGAUUUCUAAGAGAACAAAAUCAUAGCUAAGCACUUUUUGUCCAAUGCAUACACUUACAAUAUGUUGUUAUCUACAAAUGACAUAUGGUUGAAGUCUGAAAAUAUUAGAUUUUUCUAUUGCGUACGUAUAACAGACUGGUGAUAUGUUAGUGGCUGUGUGUCAAAUGUAUUUGUGUUGUGAGUUUAUUUAUUGCUGUGUGUUACUGGUGCCUCAAAGCUAGACAUCUCUCAUUUAGCCUACUACACCACACGUGUAAAGUUAAUUCUCAAAUUGUAUUGAUGGUUAUUAUGGAUAUAAUAUAGUUCAAGUUAAGUUCAUGCACUGGAUUUGCUUUUGGAUUUGUUUUUAGACAGCACCACGAUUGUAAAACAACAAUCUGUCUGCAUGUUGAUAUUUGGGAUAUAAAACCUAAUUACCCAUUGUCAUUUUUCACAAGUACUAGCAUGUUGUUUUAAUAAUCAGUGAAGCCACACAUCUUGGGCCUAGGCUAAUGCAUAUCUACUGGUGGAGAAUGGCUCUCAGGCUGUAAUGCUAUUUACAGAGGUAGUCAAUCACUGGAUUGAAUAAUUCUACUAUCCCUAUUCGUGUCCUCAUUUAAUGCCCUCUGUACAGUAAAGAACAAUAUCUGUUAUCAUUGUUGGCGGUAAAAAUGUGAGUUUCAUGCUGAUUCAUACAGCAAUACUGAUUUACAUUAUCUGAAUGACUGCCCUAGGAUUUGAAAUAACUUGAUGUUGAUAUUAUUAGGUGUGUUUUGUAGCCUGGAUACCAGUCUGUUUUUCUGCUUAUGUCAACGUUUUGUCAUUGGCAACAAUGUUGUUAAUACAGGAGCUGUCUUGUUCCUAGGCUAGUGCUUCUGUGUGGUGUUGUAUGAUGCUCACAGGUGGCUGUACUAUGUGUGUGUGUGACUCCGGGGGGGGUUGUCACAAAGCCUGAUCUGUUUGUCAAAGUAAGGUGGAUAACUCCUUGAUCCUGCUUUGUGGCAUUCCCCUCAGGUCUUGAUGUGCAUGGUGUGUCCAAGCAGCAGAUUAAUGAAGAUCAUUAGUCCUAUAGGAAUAUCAUUACUGCAUGUCUCAUCUUGGAUCAAAAGCUGAUCUGGGUACAGGUCAUCCUGAGUAGAGAUGUGUACAUAUCAUUCCAUAAUUACAGUUCCUCUUGUUGUCCUGCUGCUGAUGUACUCAUGUUUGUAUUUGAUUAAAUUGAUAUGAGGUGACUGAAAGA